AUGAGUAGUGUAGUGAAUAUGUCAGAAAACACUCUGGUUAAACUAAAAACCACACUAAAAGUACACUUUGAAACAAAAGAAAAAUCUCAAGGUGACCCGCAACACAAUCAAGGUAACCCAAACGAACAAUACCUAUUAUCAAAAAUGGUUACACAAUUAGAAGACAGAGUAGAAGAACAAUCAAAGGUUAUAAAACACUUAAUUAACACCAAAAAUUCGAACAUCGAGGUAAAAAAUACUCUUUUAAAUGAAAACAAUGAAAACAACGAUAGAAGAAAAAGAAUCAACAGUAGUUCAAACGUACCACAAAACAAUAAACAAACUAAAAUGAACGAACCCACACAAAAAAAUGAAAAGGAAAAAAAUACAAAGAAAACAAAUAUCGAGGGGAGCGCAAUUAUUCAAGAUGCAAAUGAUUUUCAGGCUGCACCAAAAAAAGCAUGGCUAUUUAUUGGAAGAGCACAACAAACCACAACAAAAGAGAAAUUAGAAAACUAUUUGGCCAAAAAAAUUCCAAAUACUGUUUUCGAAGUUGAGGAAAUAAAAAAACAUUCAACGAAUAAUAAUAAAAACAAAUCUUUUAAGGUAGGUCUAGACUUUGAUUUAUUGGAUGAAGUCCUAAAACCAGAAUUGUGGCCAAAAAAUCUCUUGGUAAGAAGAUAUAUAUUUUUUCGAACCAACAAAAAUUCCGAACUAUAA